GAAGUGUUUCUACCUACGGAAGAAAUUCUAAGGUUCAAAGUUGAAGUGCGGAGCAGCGGCGCGAAUUAGUGGACAGCGGCCACUACUGUGGCUACUUGAAAAUCUCUGUUCAGUGCCAGGCCCCCUUUUUUUUCAGGAAAUCUUGUUUCGGGACAGAGACGGGAGAGAGACUUCGGCAGACAAACGGCCGGAAGACCGCUUCACUCCGCCCAGACAAACAAGCCACUGCCCUCCAUACCCCAUCGCGCCCACCCGAGCCGCGGACCCGAGGGAGCGCUCUCCACACCCCCAAGAUGCUUAAGCCAAAAACACGUGGGACUCCUCGGCACCUGAGGCCACAGAACUCUUCGCCACGCCGCGGCUUUCGGCCCCAUCGAGGGGGCGAACUCAACCCGGGAAGCCGCUCAGGAAAGACCCCAGCUUCGGCGAGGCCUAGUCGCCCCGGCGGCCGGCGGGAGGGCCUAGCCGUGAUCUCGGCCAACGCUGCUCUGUGCCCCAGGCCGGGUCACCGCCCGGAGAGUGUGGGCAGAGAAAAGAAAAAGAUUUUGAUGGUUUACAUGACUGCAAGGAAGAUUGAAUCUCUCUCACCAUUGUAUCCCUAUCACCUUUGCCUGCACGAUUUUGGGUCUGGGGACAUGGCCAGAAGGGCUCUCAAGCUUGCUUCGUGGACCAGCAUGGCUCUCGCCGCCUCUGGCUUCUACCUUUACAGUAACAAGUACUUGGACCCGAAUGACUUUGGCGCUGUCAGGGUGGGCAGAGCAGUUGCUACGACAGCUGUCAUCAGUUAUGACUAUCUCACCUCCCUGAGGAGUGUCCCCUAUGGCUCAGAGGAGUACGUGCAGCUUCGAUCCAAGGUGCACCUCCGUUCUGCCAGGCGUCUCUGUGAGCUCUGCUGUGCCAACCGGGGCACCUUCAUCAAGGUGGGCCAGCACCUGGGGGCUCUGGACUACCUGCUGCCCGUGGAGUACACCAGCACGCUGAAGGUGCUGCACAGCCAGGCCCCGCAGAGCAGCAUGCAGGAGGUCCGCCAGGUCAUCCGCGAGGACCUGGGCAAAGAGAUCCAUGAUUUGUUUGUGAGCUUUGACGACACCCCUCUGGGGGCUGCCUCCCUGGCCCAGGUCCACAAGGCAGUGCUGCAUGAUGGGCGGACGGUCGCCGUGAAGGUCCAGCACCCAAAGGUGCAGGCUCAGAGCUCAAAGGAUAUUCUCCUGAUGGAGGUGCUCGUCCUGGCUGUGAAGCAGCUGUUUCCAGAGUUCGAGUUCAUGUGGCUGGUGGACGAAGCCAAGAAGAACCUGCCUUUGGAGCUGGAUUUCCUCAACGAAGGGAGGAACGCCGAGAAAGUGGCCCAAAUGCUCAAGCACUUUGACUUCUUAAAGGUCCCCCGAAUCUACUGGGACCUGUCCACCAAGCGGGUCCUUCUGAUGGAGUUUGUGGACGGUGGGCAGGUCAAUGACCGUGACUACAUGGAGAGGAACAAGAUUGACGUCAAUGAGAUCUCGCGCAACCUGGGCAAGAUGUACAGUGAGAUGAUCUUUGUCAACGGCUUUGUGCACUGCGACCCCCACCCGGGCAAUGUGCUGGUGCGGAAGCACCCAGGCACAGGAAAGGCAGAGAUUGUCCUGUUGGACCACGGGCUCUACCAGGUGCUCACGGAAGAGUUCCGCCUGAAUUACUGCCACCUCUGGCAGUCGCUGAUCUGGACUGACAUGAAGAGAGUGAAGAAAUACAGCCAGCGCCUGGGAGCUGGGGAUCUCUAUCCACUGUUUGCCUGCAUGCUGACGGCCCGGUCGUGGGACUCGGUCAACAGGGGCAUCGGCCAAGCUCCAGUCACCGCCACUGAGGACACAGAGAUCCGCAACAAUGCGGCCAACUACCUCCCCCAGAUCAGCCAGCUCCUCAGUCACGUGCCGCGCCAGAUGCUGCUCAUCUUCAAGACCAACGACCUGCUGCGCGGCAUUGAGGCCGCUCUGGGCACCCGCGCCAGCGCCAGCUCCUUCCUCAACAUGUCACGUUGCUGCAUCAGAGCGCUGGCCGCGCACAAGAAGAAGAAUACCUGUUCGUUCUUCAGAAGGACCCAGAUCUCUUUCAGCGAGACCCUCAGCUUAUGGCAGAUCAACCUUCAUGAACUCAUUCUACGUGUGAAGGGGCUGAGGCUGGCCAGCUGGGUCUUGGCCCUGCUUUCCUGGCUGUUGCCUGCUCCACACUGAGGGGACUUGCUGCCCUCUCCCCCUGUACAGUGUGACCCUGUGGUGGGCAAGGGGUCUCCCUCACUCCUCACUCUUUUGUUGUGUCUCCACCCAGUUGCCUCGUUUCUGCCAUGUGGUGGCCUGGACCCCCACGGUCACUAUGCAUGGCCCCACGUACUCCACCUCUGGAAUUCCUCUCACACACGGUAGCCCUCGUCUCUGGGCCCACAAGCUGUGCUGUGCGAUACGUUUCUCUCCUUAUCCAGGGAGAAGGUCCCGCAGUCCACUUUCCCUCUCCUGCUAUGUGCUGUUGGGUUGGAUGCCCCCCCACUUCUGUUAACCCUUCCUGUUGUCAGGAUGGACCAUGAAUCCCACUGAGGGCAUAUUUAACUUACAGGAAGUUUGAUUUUGUUGGAGGGGCGCAUGGGCUCUGAGCUUGCUAGAGGACGGCUUCUCUCUCACUGUCACCUGUUGCCCUGUCACUCCCCAGAGGUGUCACACCUUAGCGAGGUGCUUGGCAUCUGAGGCAUGCUCCUUUGUGUCAUGAUAACCCCUUUGGUGUUUUAUAUACUGUAUUUCAGUAAAAACUCCUUCAGGGUUACAGGGCAGGGCUUGGUCGGUGGGAUUUUUGUUCUAGGUUGCGAGUGAAUCCACUUUGGCCAUUAGGUACGAGUGAACCUGGACGCCAUGUGCCGUUGUGGUCUGCUUGGCUUCUUGCCCCUGUAUCCUUCCAGCCUCCCACUAUGGGGCCGCUUCCUGCUCCUUGUAGAUUCUCUGCCUUUCCAGGACUGAGACCUUGGUCGGAAGAGUUGAGGAGCUUAAGGCCAGGGACUCAGAGGCCCAGCUGAAACCGUGGACUUUGGUUCCCGUGGGUUCUCACCUCAUUCCCUGUGGCCUGGGCACCUGUCGUGUUCUGCUAGUUGCUUCCUGACUUAGCCCUUUGGCUCGUCAUUCGAUGCCCCCUGUCCUGGAGACUAUAGUCUAAACCUCAGUCACUCUGAAACCUCCUUUUCCCCUGUCUGGACUCUGUUCUUCCACCUUAUUGUCUGCGGCCAGCCUGCCCCUCCCAGCUCGAUCAUCUGCCCCUGUUUCUGGGACAGCCCCAAACUCCACUCUAACUGCUGGAUCUGUGCUCUCCAGGUGCCCAAGACCUCACAUUUGGCAGGUCCUGGCUCUCACGGAGCACCCAUGCUCACAGACAGUGAUUGUAUUUGAGUCUCUCUGACCUUACUUCACCCCAUUCAUGGGGCAGAAAAACCUCGAAUUUGAGUCUCAUUUUCUGUUCUCUUUAUUCAUAAUACAACAAGCAGAUUUUCCACUGACCAGAGACGAUUGCAAUCCCUUUAUUUCCUGAAAGAAUUAAUUGUUCUUAGUGACCAGUUGGAUGCACCCAGGGACCUGAGAGAAUAAUUUGCAAGAUCUGUUAUUAAUCAUGGAGAUGCAUGCUGCAUAUUAUAUUUUAUGGUGUCUUUUAUAGGCGCUGAAGUAAAUAUAAAUGUCCUUUGUGUUCAA